UCCCUGGUUACGCCUCCCAGCACAGCGCCGCCAGUUCCCCAGAGUCCCAGUGAUGCUCUGCACCGUCAGAGACCCCAUAAUAACUUUACUGUUAUGUGAUAGUAAAUCCUCACCAUACCAGUAACACCGUGCGAGUCCACACCACCUCCAGCAUCCCCGGACUCCUGCAAGGCGUCGGUAUCGCCCCAGGAUCCCCCCUCCUUUGGGAGCCCCCGGAAACACUCUUGCGAACCCCGGUUCCCAGGUCUUCCCGUGGGCAUGUUGGGUCGGGAGGGGUGGAUACCAGCUGUUCCCCCCACCCCCGACCCCUUGGGGUGCAGGCCCCAGUUUUUCACUGCGGAGCGUCCACUCUUCGCAGGGGCUAGGGGGUGCGGCCUAGGGGUCAGUUGGUCAGGAUUGAUCAAUCCCGCGGAGGCCAGAGGCGGAGGAGGGGGCCACCAGCCGGAGGGGCCGUGCCCUGCGGGGGACCUGCCUGCGGGCUGCUCAUAGUGGGUGCCAGGUCGGCUACCCUUUGGCCCCAGGGUGGGGCUGGAUGGGCGGAACUACGUCCGGUGGACCCUCCGCGUAGGCGAAGGGAGCCAGGCGGGGAGCCGGGGACACAUCUCAGCCCCUGGACAGGGCCGGUAGGUCAAUUUGCCCCAUCCGUCGGUCCCACUGCGACCCUCCAGCCGCUGUCCUGGCAGGUGGAGAAGCUGCCCAGGCCAUAGUUCUCCGGGGGCGGGGCUUGCGCUAAGGGGCGGGGCUUGCGCCAGGGGCAGGGCAGGCCCAGAUUGACGACUUGCACGGGUUCCUUCCGCUCCUUGAUUCCCCAGGACUCCGGGCUGCCAGAUCCGCCGCCGGCCUGAAGCAGUCGAUGGAGGCCCCGCUGCAGACAGGAAUGGUGCUGGGCGUGAUGAUCGGGGCCGGAGUGGCGGUGCUGGUCACCGCCGUGGUCAUCCUCCUGGUGGUGCGGAGGCUGCGAGUGCCGAAAACUCCUGCCCCGGAGGGGCCCCGGUAUCGGUUCCGGAAGAGGGACAAAGUGCUUUUCUAUGGCCGGAAGAUUAUGCGGAAGGUGUCACAAUCCACUUCCUCCCUGGUGGAUGCCUCUGUCUGCACCACUUCUCGGCCGCGCAUGAAGAAGAAACUUAAGAUGCUCAACAUUGCCAAGAAGAUCUUGCGCAUCCAGAAAGAGGCGCCCACGCUGCAGCGAAAGGAGCCCCCACCUGCGGUUCUGGAGGCCGACCUGACAGAGGGCGACCUGGCCAACUCCCACCUGCCCUCCGAGGUCCUCUACAUGCUCAAGAAUGUCCGGGUUCUGGGCCACUUUGAAAAGCCGCUCUUCCUGGAGCUCUGCCGCCACAUGGUCUUCCAGCGACUCAGCCAGGGCGACUAUGUUUUCCGGCCGGGGCAGCCGGAUGCCAGCAUCUAUGUGGUGCAGGACGGGCUGCUGGAACUCUGCCUGCCAGGGCCCGACGGGAAGGAGUGUGUAGUGAAGGAAGUGGUCCCCGGGGACAGUGUCAACAGCCUCCUGAGCAUCCUGGAUGUCAUCACCGGUCACCAGCAUCCCCAGCGGACGGUGUCUGCGCGGGCGGCCCGUGAUUCCACGGUGCUGCGGCUGCCGGUAGAGGCCUUCUCUGCAGUCUUCACCAAGUACCCAGAGAGCUUGGUGCGGGUUGUGCAGAUCAUCAUGGUGCGUUUGCAGCGAGUCACCUUCCUGGCGCUUCACAACUACCUGGGUCUCACCAAUGAGCUCUUCAGCCAUGAGAUCCAGCCCCUGCGCCUGUUCCCCAGCCCCGGCCUCCCAACCCGCACCAGCCCUGUGCGGGGCUCCAAGCGGGUGGUCGGCACCUCAGCUUCAGAGGAACCGAGGGAGACCCCCGGUCGGCCGCCUGACCCCACCGGGGCCCCACUGCCUGGACCAACAGGCGACCCUGUGAAGCCCACGUCCCUGGAAGCCACCUCGGCCCCUCUGCUGAGCCGCUGCAUCUCCAUGCCAGUGGACAUCUCAGGCUUGCAGGGCGGGCCCCGCUCUGACUUUGACAUGGCGUAUGAGCGUGGCCGCAUCUCAGUGUCGCUGCAAGAAGAGGCCUCCGGGGGCCCCCAGGCAGCCCCUGCCCGGACGCCCACGCAGGAGCCCCGGGAGCAGCCGGCGGGCGCCUGCGAGUACAGCUACUGCGAGGACGAGUCGGCCACCGGGGGCUGCCUCUUCGGGCCCUACCAGGGCCGCCAGACCAGCAGCAUCUUCGAGGCGGCCAAGCGGGAGCUGGCCAAGCUGAUGAGGAUCGAGGACCCCUCCCUCCUGAACAGCCGAGUCUUGCUGCACCACGCCAAAGCCGGCACCAUCAUUGCCCGCCAGGGGGACCAGGACGUGAGCCUGCACUUCGUGCUCUGGGGCUGCCUGCACGUGUACCAGCGCAUGAUCGACAAGGCGGAGGACGUGUGCCUGUUCGUGGCGCAGCCCGGGGAGUUGGUGGGGCAGCUGGCGGUGCUCACUGGGGAACCCCUCAUCUUCACGCUGCGCGCCCAGCGCGACUGCACCUUCCUGCGGAUCUCCAAAUCUGACUUCUAUGAGAUCAUGCGCGCACAGCCUAGUGUGGUGCUGAGCGCGGCACACACGGUGGCUGCCAGGAUGUCGCCCUUCGUCCGCCAAAUGGACUUCGCCAUCGACUGGACCGCGGUGGAGGCGGGACGUGCGCUAUACAGGCAGGGCGACCGCUCCGACUGCACCUACAUCGUGCUCAAUGGGCGGCUGCGCAGUGUCAUCCAGCGCGGCAGCGGCAAGAAGGAGCUGGUGGGCGAGUACGGCCGCGGUGACCUCAUCGGAGUGGUGGAGGCGCUGACCCGGCAGCCGCGAGCCACGACGGUGCACGCGGUGCGCGACACCGAGCUGGCUAAGCUCCCCGAAGGCACCUUGGGCCACAUCAAGCGUCGGUACCCGCAGGUCGUGACCCGCCUCAUCCACCUGCUGAGCCAGAAAAUUUUAGGGAAUUUGCAGCAGCUGCAAGGACCCUUCCCAGGCUCUGGGCUGGGUGUCCCACCACACUCGGAACUCACCAACCCCGCCAGCAACCUGGCAACGGUGGCAGUCCUGCCUGUGUGUGCCGAGGUGCCCAUGAUGGCCUUCACCCUGGAGCUGCAGCAUGCUUUGCAAGCCAUCGGUCCCACGCUCCUCCUCAACAGUGACAUCAUCCGGGCACGCCUGGGGGCCUCCGCGCUGGAUAGCAUCCAAGAGUUCCGGCUAUCAGGGUGGCUGGCCCAGCAGGAGGACGCGCACCGCAUCGUGCUGUACCAGACGGACGCAUCCCUGACGCCCUGGACCGUGCGCUGCCUGCGCCAGGCCGACUGCAUCCUCAUCGUGGGCCUGGGUGACCAGGAGCCCACUCUCGGCCAGCUGGAGCAGAUGCUGGAAAACACGGCCGUGCGCGCCCUCAAGCAGCUGGUCCUGCUGCACCGCGAGGAGGGCGCGGGCCCCACGCGCACCGUGGAGUGGCUCAACAUGCGCAGCUGGUGCUCCGGCCACCUGCAUCUGCGCUGCCCGCGCCGCCUCUUCUCGCGCCGCAGCCCGGCCAAGCUGCACGAGCUCUACGAGAAGGUCUUCUCCAGGCGCGCCGACCGGCACAGCGACUUCUCCCGCUUGGCGAGGGUGCUCACCGGGAACACUAUCGCCCUGGUGCUGGGCGGGGGCGGGGCCAGGGGCUGCUCACAUAUCGGGGUGCUGAAGGCAUUAGAGGAAGCGGGGGUCCCCGUGGACCUGGUGGGCGGCACGUCCAUCGGCUCGUUCAUCGGAGCCCUGUACGCAGAGGAGCGCAGCGCCAGCCGCACCAAGCAGCGGGCCCGGGAGUGGGCCAAGAGAAUGACUUCGGUGCUGGAGCCCGUGUUGGAUCUCACGUACCCUGUCACCUCCAUGUUCACCGGCUCGGCCUUUAACCGCAGCAUCCACCGCGUCUUCCAGGACAAGCAGAUUGAGGACCUGUGGCUGCCAUAUUUCAACGUGACCACGGACAUCACGGCCUCGGCCAUGCGUGUCCACAAAGAUGGUUCCCUGUGGCGGUAUGUGCGCGCCAGCAUGACGCUCUCGGGCUACCUGCCCCCACUAUGCGACCCCAAGGACGGGCACCUCCUCAUGGACGGCGGCUACAUCAACAACCUGCCAGCGGACAUCGCGCGCAGCAUGGGCGCCAAGACGGUCCUUGCCAUCGACGUGGGGAGCCAGGAUGAGACGGACCUCAGCACCUACGGGGACAGCCUGUCUGGCUGGUGGCUGCUGUGGAAGAGGCUAAACCCCUGGGCAGACAAGGUGAAAGUUCCAGACAUGGCCGAGAUCCAGUCCCGUCUGGCCUACGUGUCCUGCGUGCGGCAGCUGGAGGUCGUCAAGUCCAGCUCCUACUGCGAGUACCUGCGCCCGCCCAUCGACUGCUUCAAGACCAUGGACUUCGGGAAGUUCGACCAGAUCUAUGAUGUGGGCUACCAGUAUGGGAAGGCCGUGUUCGGAGGCUGGAGUCGGGGUGAUGUCAUUGAGAAAAUGCUCACAGACCGGCGGUCUGCGGACCUUAACGAGAGCCGCCGUGCAGACGUACUUGCCUUCCCAAGCUCUGGCUUCACCGACUUGGCAGAGAUCGUGUCCCGCAUCGAGCCCCCCACAAGCUACGUCUCCGACGGCUGCGCUGACGGGGAGGAGUCGGAUUGUCUGACGGAGUACGAGGAGGACGCGGGGCCCGACUGCUCCAGGGACGAAGGGGGCUCCCCCGAGGGCGCGAGCCCCAGCACAGCCUCCGAGAUGGAGGAGGAGAAGUCGGUUCUCCGGCACCGGCGCUGUCUGCCCCAGGAGCCUCCCAGCCCAGCCUCAGACACCUGAGGGCCUCGCCAGGGGGGUCCCCGCCCCCCGCCCCCGCACUGGGCUCGGGCGGGCCCGUGGGGGCGGCGCACUUGCCUCCUCCUGCUGCUACGCCUGCGGCCCCCUGGGUCCCCCGCGGCCCUCUGAGCCCAGGGACCACACACUGGACUGGCCUGCCCCAGGGAGGAGGGCAGCACCGCACUGAUGACUCUUGACAGUCACCCCCCACCCAAUAAACUGUCACCUCUCA